AUGUCUUCUGCUAAUGGUCAACAAAAGGUAGUUCCUGGCAAUACUACUGCCCCAGGUAACUCAGAGCAAAACGUUCAAAGUGCUACUGGUGCCACUGCUCCACAACAAGCUCAGAUCCCAAAUCAAAUACAGUCCAAUACUCAAGCACCACCGCAACAACAAGUACAAGUUAAAGCCCAACUGCAGCCUCAGCCUCAGCCUCAGCCUCAACAGCCGGCUCAGAUUCCAGCAGCAACUCAACCACAAACUGUUCAAAAUAAUACACAAGGUCAACCCAAUACUUUGCCAGGAAAUUAUCCUGCCGGUACCCCUGUAGCCGUUGGUUCACAUAAGGUAGAGGUAAUAAAGUACAUUGCAGAAGGUGGGUUUGCUCAAAUUUACACUGUUAAAUUUAUUGAACGUUUAAAUGAAUUUGCUUCUUUACCAGGUGGAAACCAGAAUCAAAAGCCUUUACAGCCAGGAGAUAUUGCAUGUCUAAAAAGAGUCCUAGUGAACGAUGACAAUGGCUUAAAUGAAAUGAGAAAUGAGGUCAAUGUGAUGCAAAAACUACAAGGUGCGCCUUGUGUUGUACAAUAUUAUGAUUCUAAUGCUUCACACAGGUCAGAUAGUGCUCCUGGCUAUGAAGUUUUAUUAUUAAUGGAAUUCUGUCCAAAUAAUUCGUUAUUAGAUUAUAUGAAUGAUAGAUUGGCAACAAGGCUAAGUGAGAAGGAAAUCAUGAAAAUUAUGUAUGAUACCACUCUAGGAAUUGCUCAAUUACAUUAUUUAAAGACCCCAUUGAUACAUAGAGAUAUUAAAAUCGAAAACGUUUUGGUUGACCAAGAGAAUAAUUUUAAAUUAUGUGAUUUUGGCUCUACAUCAAUUUGUUUCCCUAUAGUAACAAAUCACCGUGAUAUUGCAAUAUUUACCCAGAAUAUUUACGUUAAUACUACUCCUCAAUAUAGAUCACCGGAAAUGAUUGAUCUAUAUAGAUAUCAACCAAUAGAUGAAAAAUCUGAUAUCUGGGCUCUUGGUGUUUUCUUGUACAAACUAUUAUUUUUCACCACCCCAUUUGAAAGAACUGGUCAAUUUGCAAUUUUGCACUCCAAGUACGAAUUUCCAAAAAAUAAUUAUUCUUCAAAAUUGAUUAAUUUAAUUAUUAUCAUGCUGGCGGAAAAUCCUUCAGUUAGACCCAAUAUUUAUCAAGUAUUACAAUAUUUAUGUUCUAUAAAUGGAUGGAAAGUUCCAUUAAAUGACAAGUAUGGAUUAGGUCCAUAUAAUUUUACUGAAUAUGCAAAAUUCCAGGGUAAUGUUCAAAAUAUUCAAAAUCAAAUAUUUAGUUUACUUCAAAAAUCUACACUUAACAAAGGGGUUCUUAAUAUCCAAGAUGAAAUACAAUUAAGAAAUCUUUAUACCACUUCGUUUGAAGUUUCCCCAAAGAUUCCAGUUCUCUCACAGCACACAACACAACUACCUCAGCCAGUUAUUCAGCCUCCACCUCCACAGCAGCAGAGGCCUCAAACUACUUCUCCAAUUAGCGAUCUUCCUACCUCUGGUCCAAAUAACUUAAAUAAAGAACUUAGAGAAACGUCACCCAAUAAAGGUGAUCCUGCAUAUCAGUUACAGCAGACUCAGCAAAAUUUAGCUCAAACUCCUCAAGCUCCUCAAGCCCAUUUGCCAGAAGGAAAUAUAAUGUCUCCUCCUUCAUCACAAAUGAAUUCCGUAAAGUUUAACAAUCCUAUUAUACCUUACCAUGCACUGAAUAUGUCAAAUGUUAGCAUAUCAUCCCCAGGUAGUAAUGCUGCCCGUUUAAACGCACUUCCAAAGUUGAAUAAACCUCCAAUGUCCACAAAGGAAUUUAUGAGUGAGUUUCCCGCUAUUUCAUCGCCAACAAUGAGAGAAAGUGAACAACAGAUAUUUAAAAAUAAACAUCCAGAAUUAUCUAGUCCUACGAUGGGCCCAUUGAGUGCAAGUAUGAAUCCUAGUAUGUCACAAAAUUCUAAUCUUAAUUAUCAGGAUCCUUUAGCUAAUGAACAAACCAGGUUAAAACAACACAAAUCGAAUAAUCCUUUCCCAAAAAUGGGCGUGCCUUCUAUUCAAAAUACAAAUUUACCACCUCCACAAAUGAUUCCACCACAACAUUCAGCACAACCUCCUUCUCGUCAUUCAAUUGGUUCAAGUUCUUCUCCUGUUCUUGCAAAAGUUGCAUCCCAAUUAUCCCUUCAGCAACCUUCGGCAACUUCAAAUUAUUCUAUGCAAAAUAAUCACUAUAAUAAUCCAGUCUCUCCUCAAAUUCAUCCAACAGAUAUAUCACACAAUUUUAAGCACGAACGAAACGUAUCUGCCCAGUUUAAUGGAAAUGCAAUGACUAGUCCUCAAUUGCAAUCUCAACCUCAAAUUCAAAAACCUACCCUUCCAGACCCAAGAUUGACAGUAAGAACUGAGAUAAAUAAUGGGCAUGUCACGCCUGUACCACCUCCACCUCUAACAAAUGCGCCUGAUAUUCCAGCUUCCAGUCCAUUAGUUGAAUCCAUGAAACAUAAUCAAUCGCAACCGUUCUCAGCAUCUAAUGCUGCUCCGACUUUUAAACAGGAAGUGUCAGAUUUGGCAGCCUCCAAAACUAAAGAAAAAGGACCAGUAAUACCAGCAAAACGUCCUAACACUAGAAAUCACUCACAGAAAAUCGGGAAUAAAUCUUCUGGAGAAUUAAUGCAUUUCUUAAAAGAUGAUACCACUUCUGAAGAUAUUAGUCACUUAAGUGAAUUUGUUAAAAAUAGGAUUAUUGAAGAUGCCAGUAAGACAAAUUUAAAUGGCUCUUCAGACUUAAGCUACUAUGGUGUUGAUACUGAAAAUCCUCGCCAGCACUCACCUUUUUCAAGUGAUUCCAGCAAUUCUAAACUUGGCCAUCAGCAAGAUAAUAUAUCUCACGAAAGCAUUGAAUUAGAUCUCCAAAAAAUUAGAACAGGUCAUGCAAAUGGCAUGGAUAUAGGGGGCAAACGUGCUGUGUUCCAGACUGGUUCUCAUUCUUAUAGACAAAGAGCAGGAAAUGAGGCUUUCUUGCAAAACCAAAGCAGUGGCUCAGAAUCAUCUCGCUCAACCUCCAAUUCAUCUUCAGAAUCAUAUCUACAGAAUGGCCCAUUCACGACAGAUGAGGACCCCUCAACUUUGGACCAACAAGUAAGAAACAUUAAUCUCGAUAGAGCUCAUUAA